AUGAAAAUUUCCUUCUUCAGCGUCGUUGCGGCGGGAGGGCUGGGUUUGAGUGACGUACUGGGGGUUUGGACGUUUACUAUCGGGACAGAUCGAAGUGAACGACCGACGUCUUGCGGUGGUGGUGCACCUAAUAGUAAUCUUGAGAACCUGCAACCAGAACUGAGCAAUUAUGCCUCGUGGCUCACAUCUCAGGGCCAAUUAGAGAACAAGAUAGUCUUGACCCUGACGGACAAGCUGCUGAGAAGAAAUAACGACGUAGCACCAAGAAAUCAAUGGACUUAUUUGGCAGUUACUCUCCCUUCCAACCCUGACGCUCCAGUGGGAACUUGGACAAUGGUGUAUGACGAAGGUUUCGAGAAGAGAUUCGAAAUUCUAUUCGAUAAGCUCUUUCCUGGAACCAGCCCAACACUCUUCGAGUCUCUGCUGUCUGCGCAGUCCAUUUUGAGUUGUUCUCCGUACAACCAAGGUUGCGACGGCGGAUAUCCAUUUCUUGUGGGCAAGCACGCUAAGGAAUUCGGUCUAGGAACGACACAGUGCCAGAAAUACGCUGCUAGUCAUGACCCUCGCAUUGCCCCUUGUGAAAUGAACAUUGGAGCUGUGAAAAGAACACCAGAACAUUCCGCUCGUGGCUGCGGGCCGGAUGACCGCUGGUAUGCAAAGGAUUACAACUACGUUGGAGGUUUCUACGAGGGCUGUAGUGGGGAAAAAAUGAUGGAUGAGAUUUACCAUCACGGGCCCGUCGUCGUAGCGAUCGAUGCCCCUGACACUCUUUUUAUGUAUCAGAGCGGACUCUUUAAUGCCCAGCCAUCCGAGCAUGGCAAAAUAUGCGACAUUCCUAAGCAGGGAUUCAAUGGAUGGGAGUACACUAACCACGCAGUUGCGGUUGUCGGGUGGGGAGAAGACGCGUAA